AUGGCGCCGUGGCACCGGCUGGAGCGCAGCACGGAUGCGUGGACGUGCAAAUCGUGCAAGGACCACGACGGGAAGCCGUUCAAGAACAAGGGUUUCCGCACGUCGUGCUUCAAGUGCAACUUGGCCAAGGGCGUGGUGUUCUUGGCGAAGGUCGCGCCGCCCUCACCAUCAGUUUCUGCUGGUGCCCAGGCGGUUGCACUGCGGGAGCGCGAGCGUAAGGUCAAGGAGGCCGAGCUCAAGAGGCGUGAGGCGGCCGUGGCAAAGGCCGAAGGUUCGAUGCCUGCUGGGGCGGCUGAUGCGGGUACGGCACCUCAGAAGGACCAGGCCAAGAUCGCCAAGCUGCGCGCCGACCUGGAGGCAUUGGAGGCCAUGGAGGACUCCCCAGCCAUGGACGCCCUGCGCGCGGAGAAGCGCGGCCAGCUCCAGAGCAUGCAGGCCGCCAAGUCUGCCGCGAAGCCCUACCAUGUCCAAGUCCGGGAGCUGGACGAGAAGAUCAAGCGGAAGGACAAGGUGGUGGUCCGGUUGGAGUCGGUCGCCAUCCCAGCGGCUGAGAAGACGGUCGCCUCGCUGCGCACCGAGUGCGACACGGCCAGGCAGGAGCGAACGGAGUUGCAGAAGCAGCGGGACGCGCUCGUCCUGGCCUCCGUGCCCGGUGCGCUGCCCAAGGCGGGCGCCUCUGCGUUGGACCGUGCCGCAGCCUUCCGCACCCUGGUCGAGCCUCUCCAGAGCCUGCUGGAAGGCCCAUCAGGAGAGCAGUGGAAGGCCUGCCUCAAGACCAUGGAGGAGCUGGCCGAGAAGGACAUGGCGGAAGCAGGCUCUGCAGCCCGCGUCGCCGACGCCGUCCCCCCUGCGGCGGGGGCAGCCGCAGAUCCGGCGCGAGGCGGCGAGCAACCGGGCGGAGAGCCGGGUGAGGAAGAGGACGCUGACAUGCCCGAGGCGGAGGUCGAGGCCCUCCUGGAUCAGGUGUUGGGCCGUGGUGGCGAUGCUCCUGGUCCUGCACCUGCUGCAGAGGGCGGCGCCCCAGGAGAUGGCGCCGCCGCAGCCCGCGUCACCCGGGAGGGCGCCACCAAAGCGCUGCAAGCUGCCUUCCGGAAGCACGUGGACAAGGGGGUUGUCACGGUGGCAAUGUUCAACGGCAAUGCGUGGAGCGGCAUUGGCGACUAUAUCGAGAGCGUGGGCAAACGCGUGCUGGUGGCCGUGCGCUCUCACGUGCGAUCCGAGGUGGUGGCCCACUGGGAUGUUGAGGACAUCUCCCCUGCUGGGCUGCCAGGCCGCCUCGCGGCGAGGUGGCUCAACCUGUGGUCCGGAGUCGUCGUCAUGGCGGCUUACUUUGUCGACUCCGUGGGCUGGGACGCUCAGAACAUGCUGUUGGCCGGGAAUCAGCUGGAGGUCGACAAGGCCUACGCUGCAGUGAUUGGUCAGGUCGAGCAGGAGAUUUUGGGGCUGCACGAUCUGGUGGGCGCUGACGCGCGACGGUAUGAGGGGCGGGGCCAGCCGCUGGGUUUCCGGGAGAGGCCCGUGCGCGGGGUCCGACAGCUUCCGGCCAGACAGUCCAGGGCGACAUACCACCUGCGAGCGCUCAGCACCAUGAUAUCGGAACUUUGGCACGUGGGAGCUGCUCUUGACUCGAAGGGCGACCACCCGCAACGGCGGCAGCGGAUGGCAGACCUGCUGCAUGCUAUCACGAGGCGGGCACGAUGGGUCCAGAUGGACGUGGAGGCUGGCCGCAUCCUCGACGAGUUGCGGCUGCGGCUGGAGGCGUGGGCCGCUUACUGCCGGGCCAUCGCCGGGGCCAUCAAGACUGGCCCUGGGCCCGGGCCGCCUGCCCAGUCCCUGGUUGGGCGCGCGACGUGGCGAUCGCUGGCCCGUAGUCGUGCCACUUUGGACGCCGACGCCGAGAAGUCGGCGCGCGCCGAUGCUGCUGCCGUGCUCGCCGGCGCACGGCAGAGGUAUGCGGCUGCCUCGGCAGGAAACGCGGGCGCCCUGCACAGACUCACUCGCCCACUGCCGCGUUGGCAGUCGCCGACCAGCGGGAAUUGCAGCGCGUCGUGCUCUCCUCAGGCCGUCUGCGCAGCGGAGCUGGACGCGCGGUCCCAGGUGUGGCAGGCGAACGUGGCGGAGGUGCAGGAGAUCUCGCGAGAGUGGCUGGCGGGGGCAGAGCGAGAUGAGCCGCUACCGGCCAUCGCCGUUCCCGAUCUGCUGAGCGCCGCGGCCAAGUUCAAGGUGAAGACGGGGCUGGGCGUCGAGAGCUGGAACCCCCGCGCCUUGGGGCAGUGCAGCCUGGGCUGUCACGAGGACAUGGUCACCCUCCUGCACAAGGUGGAGGCCUCCCUCAUGUGGCCGAGCCAGGUGUCCCUGCUGGUGUACCUCCUCAUCCCGAAAGCCGAUUCCGGCAAGCGGCCGAUCGCGAAGAUGUGGCUGCGCACGGUGGAGCGCGACUACGAUUGGGCUCGCCGGGGCGGCUCCUCCGAGAAGGCAGUGUGGCGGCACCUAGUGGAGGAGGAGGGCAUGGCGUUGGGGGAGGGCCCCGACGGCCAGGCAGUGGCCACGGUCUUGCUUGACCUGGUGAAGUGCUUCGAGAAGGUCCAGCUCCGGCACGUGUGGCGGCGGGGUCAACGCUGGGGCUUCCCCCCGCGCGUGCUCCGCCUGAUUCUCGCCAGUUACUCCCUCGCCAGGGCGCUCCUGGUGGACGGCUGUCAUAGCGAGUGCGUCGCCGUGGUGUCCGCCAUCGUGCCCGGCAGCCGUUUCGCGCUGGCCGUCCUGCACCUGGUCCUGCUGGAGCCCUGCGACUUGCUGCGGGGGCGGUGGCACGAGGUGAGCUUAGCCAAGUAUGUCGACGACAUGGGGCUGGCUUGCUAUGGCGUGGCGCGCGAGGUGGAGACGGCCACGCGCGAGUCGGCGAGCUGGCUGAUCGCCUACCUCUGGGAUGAGCUCCAGAUCGAGGUCAGCCUCACUUUGCCCGGCGUCAAAGGGAAGAGCAAGUGUCUUGCCACGUCCCAGUGGCUGUCCAAGAAGCUCGGGCGCAGCAUGGCCCGGCUCGGCGUGCGCCUGCAGCAGACGGCGAAUCAGCUGGGCAUCGACAGGCGCGGCUGGGCGUCUGGCCGGCGGCCCCCGCCUACGGCAGUGCGCAAGGAGCGUUUUGCGCGCAUGGCCAAACGCCGGGCGCUCGUGGCAGGAGCGAAACGGUGGGGCGGGAAGGUGUACAAGGUGACCAAGGCGGGCCUUAAGCCUUCCGUGACGUAUGGCUGCCGCGCCUUGGGCCUGAAGCCUUUGGAGGUGCACGCGCUGCGGGCCGCCCUCAAUGCCGGCCUCCCCAGCCGCCAUCGGCACCGGUCCACUACGCUGCGGUUGGCGAUCUUCGGCCAGGUGCGGCUCAUGGGCGCGGAUUCUUGGAGCAGACUCGCAGGGCCAGCGUCGACGUGCAUACUGGUCUUGCGACGGCUUGGGUGGUCGUGGCCAGCGUGGCACGUUUUCAUGACGCGGGACGGGCACGAGCUGGACCUCCGGCAUUGUUGCCCCGUUGACGCCAAGGCCAUGGCGUUGAAGGAUAGCGAGGCCGUCCUGUGGUCGGAAUGGAUCGCCGCCGAUCCGGCCCGAGCGUCGCUCCAGCCGGCCCCCUUCAUCGACCCGCUGCGCACCUGGUUCACGCGGCACCUGCGUCGGUGGAGCGGCGGCGCCUCCGCUGCGGCGCAGGCGGUGGCAGCGGGGCCUUGGACGCAGCACCGGGCGUACGAGGCAGGGGCCGCGGCGACGCCAUGGUGCCGCGCCUGUGCGGCUCGCGGCAUCCAG